AUGAAAAGUGCCAAGACACCUAAAGCCUCGCAGCCGACGCCCAGGGCACAGGAGCCCGGCAAGGACCCACCGCGCAGCCUGACAACCGCGGAGCACACAGAAAGCGUUCUGCAGCGAGAUAUGAACAAAACGACUGCGCAAACGAUCAAACCUUCCCCGCCAGAAAUGCGCAGCCAUUAUCACAUCCCUGGCCUUUCCCGCCGUUCUGUCCCAACUCCUCCCGUCUGCAGAAGCCAUCACAUCGCCCAUUCAAACCCAUUCAUCAAGCUCCCUACCCAUUCUUCAACACCCUCUAACACCCACUCUCCAACACCCUGCAACACCCUCCAACGCCCACCCUGCAACACCGUCCAACACCCUGCAACACCCUCCAAGACCCAUUCUUCAACACCCUCUAACACCCACUCUCCAACACCCUGCAACACCGUACAACACCUUGCAACACCCUCCAAGACCCAUUCUUCAACACCCUCCAACACCCACACUGCAACACCCCUGCAACGCCCUCCAUCACCCACCCUGCAACACCCUACAUCACAGAAAACAAGUGACAAUAAGUCCAUGAACAGUAUUAAUAAUAACCAUACCAACGUAAACAAGAACCAAGGAUUCCUUCGCAUCGAUAAGUGGCCAGACAUCCCGAGGAGCACCUGCAUGGAGAGCUCUAUGUUGGCUCCUAAACCCGGCCUGACGCAUUCCGAGGCCCACCUUGAGGGUAACGAGACGCAUGUUGACUUGUAUCUUGACUAUUGA